AAAAAAAAAAAUCUGCCAGGCUGCCCCUUGUGCCAGGCUGCAGAAGGCCCAUAAAGGUAGUUUGUUGGGUGCUGCAGUAGCGAGAUGCACACUGGAUACUGUUUUUUCCAGAAUGGUUUUGAUUUAGUUAAGUGUUUGUUGAAUUCCUCCUGCUGCUUAACACAUGGAGAUAGGUGAAAUCAAUAAAGAUUUCUGCCCUUGCAGAGUUGACUGUCUGCUCGGAGCAUUCCCUUCACUAAAAGUUAACUCUGAGUUAAAGUAUAUUUUUCCGUGUUAAACAAGUGGAAGCAAUAAGUGCACGGAGGUAAAGAGGUGUGAGAGAUUGCCGUAGACCAUCUAGAGAGCUGACUUUGAGACUAAAAUUAGAGGAUUAUGUGCAAGGUAGAACUGAUACAUCUUGGUGAGUUAUUAGUUUUAGGGUAAAAGAGGGUAGAAAAUUAAUUUGUUUUCAACCUAAGUUGCAGAAUGAUGGGUGUACGGUCAAGGUAACAAUAUUUAUUAGUUCCUUAGGAAUAAAGUCUCUUUAUGUUUUCUGAGUCAUCCCCACAAACUCCACUUGUAUUUCCUUGCGCAUGUUUGAUGAUAACGAGUAUGUUUUGAAGGUUUGAAUCAUCACGUUUGCAGCAAAUGAUUUGUACACCUUUGAGGCCGGCUGUUGGGUAGGUCAGGAGAGAGGCCCUGCUCCUAUGGUUUCAGAGGUUUUUGAAGAGAGCCUCGUAGGACUACAACUGCAGGCCCUAGAAAGACUCACAAGUAGUUUUCCAUUGAGUGUCUGGCCACCCUGUUGACUUUCAUGACAUCCGCAGCAACUGCAUGCUUCCCCACUAUGCCUGGGCCCUUUGGUGGUACAUGCAAACCCAUAAAUGGCUACUGGAAUACCCAGGCAAAUGGAAUCAGGUUCAAUUAGUCCAGUCCAGUUUCUUUUUUAGGAUGACCCUCAUGAUCUGGAUACCUCAAGACUGUUACAGCCUGAAAAUGUUUUUCUGUAAGAACCCCGGAUGACACCAGAACAAACCCAAACCGAGAGGAUUUAGGUGACACUUAAUUAGCUUCCAAGUGCAGGAGAGACCUUUAUUCGCUUGUGACAGUUGACCUGUUGUAGAAGAUUUAACUCUCAUUUCUGGAGACUCGUAGGAGCUCUUCUCAGAAUUUUAAGGUUGCUUCUGUCUUUAGAAUAAAUUCGUGUACAAAAUAUUGUGUCUGUAUAUGCAUUUUCUAGAGAGAAGGUCCAGCACUCUCUUGCGAUCUUAAAAGGAUCUGAGACUCAAGAAAAAGUGGUAGCUUAAUAUCCUUCACUCCUAGUCAUUGAGAACAUGUUCACAAAGAUAGAAGCCAUUUUUAGGGAGGUGAUUUGGAAUGAAGGUCAGAAGUAGAUGUUUUCCAUUUGUGAGCCAGGAAGAAGGGAUGGGACCAUCAUUCUCCAAUAUCACUUUUCUCUGAGCAACCCAAGAUUUAAACCUGUGCCUAAUCAGUACACAUCAAAAAUAUUUAUUUGAUUUUGGUUUCCCCCUUGGGUAAAUGUGGCAAGUAUAUUUUACUUUUGCUUCCAUGACCAGCAUCUUUUUUCUUUGCAUCUCUUUAUUUGGGCCUCAAGCUCCUUGGGAUUUGUAGUCUGUAAAAAGCUCCUGAUGAGUAAUCAAAUUAGUGCCACUAGCUUCUUGUUAGUAAAUCAUGUCGUAUUUUAUGUUCCACUGGACUUUUUCUUCACUUUCUAUCUGGGAGACCACAGAAAGUUUCCUGUUGGGCUCACAGCGUUUCUCCUGUCGGUGUUUGUACUCAGAGUGUCUGGAGGCUCAUGGUUACAAACCAUGAUGCCAUAAGGCUUUAUAAUGAGAGAAUCAUUUUAUGGCUUUGGAAUGCAUAUCAAGUCAAAAGGGCCCCUGUUUCUUUUCUCCCUUAAAAGAUAUUGUGCUUACAGAGUAGUUGAAUAGCAAUUUUGGCAGCCAUUGUCCUUCUCUGAAGAAAAUAUUUAAGUAGGAAUGUUAUUUUACUUUUUUACCUCUAGUACUAAAGAACUUGCAUGGUGUAUAUUUUCAAAAACCAGUAUGACUUCUUAAAUGCACCUAUGAUAUGUGUUUUAGAAAUAGAUGUUAAAUUUUGGUUUGAAUGAAAAAAUGUCUCUCAAUCCACCUAUAUUUCUCAAAGAAAGGGAAGAAAAUAGUUCAAAAUUUGUGGAAAUACAGCAGCCACAAACUGCUUCCAGAUCUUCAGAAGAUCCUCUGCAGAACUUAUGCUUAGCUUCUCAAGAAGUUCUUCAAAAAGCUCAACGAAGUGGGAGAUCCAAAUGUCUCAAAUGUGGUGGUUCCAGAAUGUUCUACUGUUAUACAUGUUAUGUCCCGGUUGAAAACGUGCCUCUUGAACAGAUGCCACUUGUGAAGCUUCCACUGAAGAUUGACAUCAUUAAACAUCCAAAUGAAACAGAUGGCAAAAGUACUGCUAUACAUGCAAAACUCUUAGCACCUGACUUUGUAAAUAUUUACACGUACCCUUGUAUUCCAGAAUAUGAAGAAAAGGACCAUGAAGUUGCACUUGUUUUUCCUGGACCUAAGUCUGUCUCAGUAAAAGAUAUUUCUUUUCAUCUGCAAAAGAGGAUUCAAAAUAAUGUUAGAGGCAAAAAUGAUGACCCUGACAAGCCAUCCACUAAACGCAAGAAAACUGAGGAAGAGGAUUUGAAUGACAGCAAGUGCAAAGACACAACAUUGAAAAAAAUUAUAUUUAUAGAUAGUACCUGGAACCAAACAAACAAAAUAUUCACUGAUGAGAGACUUCAAGGGUUAUUACAAGUUGAGUUGAAAACAAGAAAAACUUGCUUUUGGCGCCAUCAAAAAGGAAAGCCAGAUACCUUCCUUUCCACAAUUGAAGCUAUUUACUACUUUCUGGUAGACUACCAUACUGAUAUAUUAAAGGAGAAAUACAAAGGACAGUAUGACAAUCUUUUAUUUUUCUACUCUUUUAUGUACCAGUUGAUAAAGAAUGCCAAAUGCUCUGGAGACAAGGAAACAAGAAAACUUAUCCAUUAGUUUUUAAGAAGCCAUUUUUGUCAUUUUAUUUUGCUAAAAUCAUUAAACUUUUAAUUGUGCUUUGUUUAUUCUUAGGAAA